AUGACAGAACUCAGACUUGACAACAUCCGUUUGUUGGUCACCAAUGGAUAUACAGUUUUACGUGUGGAAUUGGAAUACGGUACAGAAUUGGUAUAUGCUGAGUACAGUAGUUUCUACAUAGCGGCGGAGGAAGACAACUACCGAAUCCAUGUUUCAGGGUACAGUGGGACAGCUGGAGACGGAAUUUCGUGUACAAAUAUGUUCUGCAACAAUGAUGCGCAGUUUUCUACAUUUGAUAAUGAUAACGACCUUGAUUCAUCUAGAAACAGUGCGCAGGCGUGGCGAGGUGCGUGGUGGUACAACUUGGGACAUCAGUCAAACUUGAACGGCGAAUACGGUAAUAACAAUCACGGACAAGGGGUAAGCUGGUAUCCCUUCAAAGGUUGGACUGUGUCCUUAACACAAACUAAAAUGAUGCUAAGACGAGCAUAA